AAAAUCUCAUACAUUAUCGUCUCCAAAAAAUUUUCUUACGCGAUUGGUAGGUGUCUUAGUAAAUGGAGCGUGGUUUGGAUCGAUUUUAGCUCACUUUUUCAUCGCUAUUAAUAGAUUUUGUGCUUUCGUAUAUGCAACAAAGUAUGAUCGAUUAUGGCCGAAAUCGAGGGCUUUAUUCGUUGGAUUUACUUCAUGUUUGUUUGGUUUGGUUAUGUCCUCCCAACACUUAUAUGAUGAAUGCGCAUUUGUAUUUAAUGUAAAUUCAAACUAUCGCUUUACCUAUCAAGAUUUUUUCUAUAGUAAAGUGUGUGCUUAUGCUGAUACUGUAGCAACAGUAGGAUUAGUAAUGGGAAUGGCAUGCAUCGAUUUAUUUACCUUAUUGAAAAUAAUUGCAUAUCGCAGAGCAAUGAGAAGAAAUAUUGCAACGUUAACUGAUAAUACCAUUAGCGAAAGGGAAAUAUUAUUCUUCAAGCAGUCAUGCAUACUUGGCUUACUAUACAUCUCAUGCGCUUUACUAUUCAAUUUUACUCCAUAUUUAUUUACCAAUAAAUGGAUUCUGUUUGCUUUGAGCACAAUUACAUGGAUUCUGACGCAGUCACUAGACGGAUUAAUCUUUCUGAUUUUCAAUCGCGCCAUUAUCUGCAAGACAGAUUUCAGCACAGUGACAGUAGCACCAAUAACGAAUUUGAAUUGGAUACAAACUAAGGGAAGACAAUGA